AUGUUGUUAUUUGGGAAGUUGGUUUUAGGACAGAUCGAAAUUUUGAAAGAAAGACUUCACGAUGUUCAAACGGCCAACUAUGGGUCUGUUCUUGGAAGCGGACGUGCAGGAGCGGUGCACGUAGUUGAUCAUGGUCGAUAUUUCUCGGUGGAUCAUAAACGGAGGCUUGACGAAAUCCGUACCGCGUACGAACCAUACCAUGCCCCAGCUCACAUGUUCGACGUUGAUUCGACGGCAUUUGCAAAAAUGGAUGAACCGUGGCGCUUCCUUCACGGCUAUCACUGA